AUGGAUGUUUUACCAGAGAUGGAGGAAAGUAUUGGGAGUGGUGAUGAAGACGAUAAAAGAGUUGAGGAUGAGGAUGUGGAAGCUGUUCGGGAAUUAGAGAGCAGUCUUUCUAACACACAGUUACGCCCAAUUGGACACAUUUUAAAGCCAAGACCUCCAUUGGACCUUUCCAAAUGUCCAUCCUCAUACACUCAGAACUCACCAAAGGAGAAACUCAUGCUUGCAAUGGCUGAAAACUUUCGACAGCAGUACGCAUUACUGUACCCUGAUCGCAAACCCCUUCUGCUGUGUCCCCUAAAUGAGUGUGGAGUUCAGAAAUUCGUCAGCACAACCCUGCGGCGUACAUUGCUAGCAUAUCCAGAACUCUAUAGCUGGGAGGGAUGUGCCCAUUUUGUAUCCGAUUACCUCUCCUUGGAGUUAUUGGACCCAGCAUUUAAAAUACCCAAGCAGUUGUCUUCCCCCACCUCGGUUCUGCAAACACAAAGUGGUACCUGUUUUGAGUUCUCCUGCCUGCUGUGUAGUCUUUUGUUGGGCGCGGGAUACAAUGCUUACUGCGUCAGUGGGUACGCCAGUAAAGAGAUGUGUCUUCUCGAUCAGUCACGCCAAGAGUGUCCAUGCCAAGAGCGGCCUGCUCAGGGUAAUGAAGAAGAUCAGAAGAAGAAAAUGAACAAAUACUCUGUCAAACCCCCACCUGAUCUGACGAGCAAAUUCGAGAAGCAUCAGGAGGAGAAGCGAAUUGCAGAGGCCAAAGCAACUGCCCUGAAGAAACAGAAAGAAGCGGAGAAACUUCAGGAGGAACAAGAACGUCCACCACCAGACCCUCUUCUGGGACUGAGGGUUUACAGUUGGGUUCUAGUGCUCCCGGGGAACCGGGAGGUCACCAGGGAGUUCUUCAUUGACCCGCUGACUGGAAAGAGCUACAACACAUUUGAUGAAAACUUCCUGGGUAUAGAGAGCAUUUGGAACCACCAAAACUACUGGGUCAACAUGCAGGAUUGCCGUUUCGGUUGUGCUGAGAUGACCUUUGACUUGAGUGAUCUAUCAAAGUGGGAGUAUAUGCUGUGCGGCCCUUCUAGCCAAUCACUAUCCAUCGUUCCUGACCCAAAGACACUCCAAGAACCAGAAUAUGAGGAAGAAGAUGAAACCGAAGAACAGAAGCAAUUUGAGAUGCGUCCAUCUUGGGUAGCCGAAAUAGACCUUUCGCCACAAGAUAUGGAAAUGCGUUACCCUGGAGGGAUAAAAGUUAUCCGGUACAGGAAAGCCAAGCUGGAAAAGUUUGCACCUUCUCUUCGAAAAGAUGGUCUGCUGACCAGGCUUACCACUUACACAGAUCUCGAGUGCACAAAACCCAACAAAGUUAAGGAGUGGUUUAAACAUCGCAGCGAUUGUCUUGAGGAACGAGAAGUGCAAACAGACACUAACAUGACAACCGAACGUUUCAGGCCUGGAAGGAGCGAUUUUCUCAAAUGCCACAGAUACACCACUUUGGUCACCGAGACUGAACGUCAAAUGGACUUUUAUAGUUGCGCUCACAACGACAAUCUGGCCGGAAGAAUAGAGAAGCCAUCUGAAAUUACAGAAACCUUUGAAGACCGAACAGACUUUCUCUUUCAUCGACAUGUUGUUUAUGGAAAGAGGCUCAAAGUGUCUCAGUCUGCAGCGGCUCUCGAACAGCGGCCUGUACAGAUGGUGGAAGAGAUGUUCCACAGAGAUCAUUCUAGACCGGCCGGUAAACAAGUGGCUGAACGGAGGUUUAUGAUGUCGGCGGGCCAGAUCCACGUGACCUUUCAUCUAGAAGAAGACCGAAUAUUCAGAUCUUGGCUGAAUUUCACCAAACCCAAAGAAGCAGGAGGGAUGUGGACUCGAGACAUGGUUUCCGGCUUUCAGGUGGAUCCUUUUGCAAAACCUUACAAGAACUUGGAAUUGUACCAAAUGCUUAUGGGUCUGAUGAGAGAUGAGGAAGAUGUUUUGCUUAAAAUUAAAGAUUCAGAGAAAGAGGUUAAAGCAAUCCUUUCUGCGAGGGAACAAGAGGAGAGUAAUACAAAGCUUCAGAUAUCGAUAUACAACAUCUUAAGAAAUGAAACCGCAGAUCUUCACAUCAAAGAGAUGGAGCGUAUAGCUCAAGAAAAUCCCCAGCGUCAGAAAGAAAAGAAAAGGGACCCAUUGGCGCCCUUCCUAGUCGAGUUGGGACUCUCAGAACCCCUUACAUACCAGGACGCUCUUCGGUUGAAAAACGACUGCCUGGCUGAGUUUAAAAAGGGGCUUGAAUACAAAGAGAAACUCGUUCAGAAACGACUGGAAAAGGAGACCGAGGGGUUGCAGAAGAAACAGUUGUGGUACCAAACGAACCAACACACCAUGACCAAGGAGGAGAAAGACCACUACCUCCAUUACUGCUCUGAAGCAGAGAUCAGGAUCAAGGUCGCCAAAAUGAUACACAGGCGUCACAAGGAGAAUGCACCUCAAAAGUUACUGGCACUGAAGGAAGAGCUAAAGAGAGAUCCAAGGUUGGCCCAUCAUAAUUUACCAAUGGACUAAAAGAAAGAUUCACAGCAUUGUACCGCAGUUUUCUUUUAAAUACAUUUCAAAGGAUAAAUGUCAUAGGAUUGCAGUAUUUUGUUUAGAAAAGCACAUCUAAAAAUGUUGUAAGAGCAAAAUAUGACCCUACAGACUUAAGUCAAGGUAGGUGUCAUUUACACUGGGGACAUGUCCCCACCACUUUUUGAAAUGGCUGAUUUUGUCCCCACCACUUUUUGAAAGCAUUUGAUUAAAAUGUUCUAAAAAAUCAAACAAUGCCUGUGCGACUUACACUGCAAAAAUGACUUUCAUACUUAUUAUUUUUGUCUUGUUUUCUAGAAAUAUCAAUUUUUUUAAAUGAAGAUGCUUCUUCUUGAUGAGCAAAUUGACCGUAUAAAAUAAGUCUAGUUUUUAGACAAAAGAAAUACAAGUUAAGUGAAUUUGUUAUUAAAACAAGCAAAAAUAUCUGCCAAUUGGAAAAAAAUCUUAAAAUAAGAUUUCUUUUUUCUUAAAAACUUAAAGCAAAAUGUUCUCACCCCAUUGGCAGAUAAUUGUGUUUGUUUUAACUAGACUUAUUUUCUAACGUCACUUUGCCUAUCAAGAAAAUACAUCUUGAUUUAAGAAUUUUUAGAUAUUUCUACUGAAAACAAGACAAAAAAGAUUUUCAAGAUAUUUUUUUUUUUAGUAUUUUUGUCUUGUUUUCAGUAAAAAUAUCUAAAAAUUCUUAAAUUAAGAUAAAUUAAGUCUAGUUUUUAGACUAAAAAUAUCAAAUUUAAGUGAUUCUGAGCAUAAAAGCAGCAAAAAAUCUUGAAAAUUUUUCUUGAAUUUAGUGUUUAAGAAAAAUGUUCAAGAUUUUUUUGCUUACCCCAUUGGCAGAUUUUUUCUUGUUUAAUACACAAAAUCACUUAAAUUUUAUAUUUUUUGUCUACAAACUAGACUUAAUUCAUCUUAAUUUAAGAAUUGUUAGAUAUUUUUACUGAAUUUUUCUUGAAAAUCAUUUUUUUGCAGUGUACAACAUUGUUGAGGGUUUUAUGCUGACUAUUUUUGUGUUGUUGAACAGCCUACGCUAUGCCCAUUUUUGAUGCGCUGUUAUUCAAUAUUUUUCCCGUCCUGCUGUAAUGUUUUUUCAUCUGAUCUUUUGUCCCCACCACUUUUCAACACAAACUGACGCCCCUGAGUCUGAGCAAACCUGCAUUGUCCAAUAAACCUCAUAUUUUUAAGGCA